UGGCACCAGAGUGGCCAUGAGGUUCCAUAUAGAAUAGAUACAGAAUGUGUGAUUGAUCUGCCUUUAAUGGUGAGUGAACUCAGCUUGAGUGCGAUUAACUGUGAAUAAAAAGACUUGUGACUGCAAAUGACUACAGAUGUGGGAUCUUCUGCAGGUAGUUACAUAAGCAGGUCAGGGAAAGGACAGGUAUCUGACUUUAUAGCACCAUAACAGAUAAAACUCCGGGUCAGUCGUUACAGCUGACAUGACGCCACCCACUUGAGUUCACCACGAGUUCAGUCACUAAUCUGACUGGCUGCAUGAAAAGCCAAUGAGGGAUGUGAAGGAAGCUGAGGACUGCAAGGUGACUCCGCACUGGCUGCUCUGACAGCUUCAGAUAACUGACUUCAGUCACUCUUCUCUCUUGCCUUGCGUCGUGAUGGGGAAGGGGGAGGGGCUUCACCUGCUCUCACACAGCUCGGACUAGUUUCUGUCUGCAGAGGUUUUGAAUUGAGGAUUCACAGUUCACCAGUGUGUGUGAAUGGUUUGGCUCUACUUUUGCAGGUCCCCACAAGGUCCAGCCUCAGUUUAAACCUUCAAAGUAACUGGGUUCCAGUUUGGUCCAGAGUCCUGGUUCAGACGAGCCAUGCGUUCUGAAUGGUUACGUUCAGGGGGAGAGGCUGGGGAAAGGGUGAUGGCCAGGAGAGGUCAUCACAAGGAUCGAGGGACAGACGUGGGAGUGUGUGUACGGCUCACAUUUUUCAGUUGGACUGAUGUUUAGUCUGGGGUUUCCCUCUCGGGAGGGAGGCUGUGCUGACUCAGCAUCAGAUGAAAAGACGCUCAUCAACAUCUGGUGAGUCACAGCUGAGCGUGGCUGGGAUUUUCUUCCGUUGUCCAGUCAGACUGGCGUCACGCUGUGCCUCCUGCAGCCGAGACAGAGCUCUGGGCUGCGGCAGUGCCAGCAGAUGUGUUGGGUGUGUGGCUGAACAACUGUUGAUCAAAACCUGGUUCUGAUGGACAAACCGAGUGGUUCAGAUCCCAGUCCUGAGGAGAGCCUGCCACUCUUCUCUACAGCACCUCUCUGACCCAAACUUAAGACCAGGGAUGCUGCGUGACCUUUCACCUCUUUACCAUCCUGGACAGGAGCACCUUAUCGCUGCAGUACAAUUCAACAAACAAGACUCACACCGCUGAUGCCAGUUCACCAGUCGGUGACUUGGCGACCGAGUCAAGCAGUGGACCUGUUUUAAUUGUGCCUGAUACCUCCCUUCCAGCCUGCAGUGUUUGUUUACACAGCAGCUCCUAAAACAGAUCCCUCAAGACUGAUAUCGGUUGAGUCUAGGUCCAGUUUUGCUGGAGGUUUGUCUUUGAGUCACUUCUUAAACAGAGACAGGAGGCUGGUUUUCAAUUGACAAACGUGGAGAAACAUCUUCGGUCCAACAGUCCAACUAUUGAACAUUUGCUGAGUCGAUGUCUGCGGCCUCUGACCCUGAACACACCACGCCGUUGUCGUGGGAGUCUUUAUCUGCAUUGUCUGUCUGUUAUGAAACUGAGGUGAUAAAAAGGUCACAGUUCCCUCACACCCAGAGGAACAAAGCAGAGCGCUCUCAGGGGAAGUGACGGCCGAAAGUCGGAAGGUCUCAGCCUCAUGGUGCCUCGUGGUGACACGUCCUCCUCCUGUGUAUGAGACCAGCAGGGAGCAGAAACCAGAGAGCAUCCAGUCCUGUUGGGCAGCUGUGGAUGUGACUCAAAACAAAGGGGCAGUAGCUCAAGGAUGCUGCUUCUGAGCACUUCCUUCUCGUGCCUUUCAUGUCUUUGUUUCCUCUCUGCGGCUUUGAAAAAGGAAAGAAAGGUGUUUUAAAAAAUGUAUUCCCCAAACCGCCGGUGCCGAGCGCCUCACUGAGGAGUCCUCAGUCAGUUAUGCAUCAGCCCGUUCUUAGAAGUGUGUCACCAGUGUGACCAGGAAGUCCUGACACAGAGAGUGUCUCUGCCGCCACACAGACACCUCUGGUCUUAUGAUGGCGACAAUGCAGACGCUGACGGGGCGGACUGGGCUGGGUCUGGUGCGGACCCGAGGGUUGGUCAUCAAGAUAAAAAAAAAACAAUUUCCCACCACUGGAGAUGAAGGCAAGAACAAAUCUACGAUGAAACAAAGUCUAAUGACAUUGUUCCACCAUCAAGUCUAAAUGCUACGCGCAUGAUUCCCGGGGAAAACUGGAGCCAGUUCUCCACCUGGUCCACGUGGAUGCUGGGUCAAAGCGCAGCUCCAUCAGCCAAUCACGCCCGUCGGUUCCUUCACCUUUAGUCAGCGUCCGCCAGCGUCCGACUCUGUCAGCCGAGCAGUCAGAGCCAUGAAGGUGCCGCUCACGCCAGCCUGCUGGGGUCCAAACGUCUACCCGUCGGCCCCUGAUGGAGGGUGGGGUUGGGCCAUUGCUCUGGCCUUCUUCCUGGUGGAGAUCUGCACCUACGGCUCCAUCAAGAGCAUGGGCGUCUUCCUGCAGGAUCUGAUGGAUGAGUUCGGCGAGAGCAACAGCCGAGUGUCCUGGGUCAUUUCCAUCUCCGUCUUCACCUUCACCUUCCUGGCUCCCUUGUCCACCCUGUUGAGCAACCGCUACGGCUACCGCCCAGUGGUAGUGGUGGGAGGCUUCCUCAUCAGCCUCGGAACCAUCACCUCUGCCUUCACCAGCUCCAUCAACGAGAUGUACAUCACCUAUGGCAUCAUCUCAGGUCUGGGCUACUGCUUCAGCUUCCUCCCCACCGUCACGCUGCUGGCACAGUACUUCUCCAGGCGCCGGGCGCUGGUUACCUCUGUGGCCUCCUCUGGAGAGUCCUUCGCUAUCAUCGCCUUUGCCCCCGCCUUCACUGCUCUGAAGGAUGUGCUGGGCUGGCGCUUCUGCCUGGUGAUCCUUGGUGUGAUCCAGUCUCUGGUGAUGGUCUGUGGCCUGCUUUUGCGCCCCAUCGUUCUCCAGCCAGAGCCCGUGAAGGACCAGGACUUAACCAGCGAGCAGCUUUCUCUCAAACAGCUGGAGGAUGUUUAUCAGCUGGAGAACGAACAAACCCGAACCUCCAUCAGUUCCGGGGUCUCCCAGGGUUCUGACGAUUCGGGCGUCAUCUCACUUUCUGCUUCCAAUGCGGACCUGCGGAAUGCAGGCGCUCAAGUGCAGCUGGACUGUGCAAUUCAGGAUAAAGAGCAGGAGGUGGCGCUGUCCAGCCCUGUGCAGGAGACGGGGCCUCCACAAACCCGUCAGUCCAAGCUGCUGGACUUCUCGGUGCUCACAGAUGGUGCCUUCAUCUGCUACUCUCUGUUUGGCCUCUUUGCCACACUGGGCUUCUUCGCCCCUCAGCUCUACGUCAUCGAGCUGAGUAAGACUCGCGGGGUGGAGCCGCACCACGCCUCCUACAUGCUGUCGGUGAUGGCAGUGGCUGAGGUGGUGGGCCGCCUGUCCAUCGGCGUGAUCCUGAACAAAGCGUGCUGCAGGAAGAUCAGCGUGCUGCUGGUCUGCGUGGUUCUCAUGAGCGCCGUCCUGCUGACCUUCACUCUGGUGACGGAGUUCUGGGGCCUGGUCGUCUGCUGCGCCCUCUAUGGCUACUUCAUGGGCACAGUGGGCUCCACUCACAUCCCCAUGCUGGCAGAGGAGGAUGUGGUGGGCAUCCAGAAGAUGGCCUCAUCGGCGGGCGUGUACGUCUUCAUCCAGAGCUUUGCCGGACUGGCCGGACCCCCGCUCGGUGGCUUGCUGGUGGACCUGACCGACAACUACGGCGCUGCCUUCUACUCCUGCGCCGCAGGGAUGGGCCUCAGUGCCGUCUUCCUGGCUCUGGUGGGCCCAGCCAAGUCCGGCUGGUGCAGACCUCCGGAGCAGAGCCGCAGCCAGACGGACCGGGCUGACGACCAGGCCGAGUUCUUAGAGGUGGACUUCUGCCCGGAGGGCAGUCCAGCCAAACCCAAGCUGCACCAGGACCAGCCUCUGUGACCACGGUCGCUGCACUGCUGCUGCAAUCUCAGGUGUCACUCUUUGUUUUCGAAGCUUGAAGUCCCACCAGGACGUCGUCUCUGCUGAGACCAAAGACCACAGUCACAUCUUCCCAAGCCUGUUGCUGCUACACACACACACCUCAGUCCAGUGUUACUUGAGUUGGGACAGUGACCUGACAACCUGACAGCAUGUGAACUGAACGCACAGUGGGUUAUUUAUGGUUGACACUUUAGUGUGUGGGUUUUCAGCACAUCGAGCAAUACAGUCAUGAUUGGGCGGAACACACCAGCUGGACCAAUCGGCAUGCACCAGAUGCACCUCUGUAAUGAAAUCUCUCACAUGCUUGUGUCCCAGUCUUUUUUAACUAGUUGUUUUAUUUACCAAAGUGAUUUUUUUAGCCACAAUAUCGCUUUUUUAAUCCAAUUUCACCAGAUGUUUUGGAAUAAACUGCUGGAAUCAG